GAAAAUGCUCGCAAAUGUCCUCAGCAGAUACCACCACCAUCAAAUCCUCCACAGAAAACUGAAAUUGAGUUGAUAUGUCAAAAGGUCAGCUACCCACAAAACUGUACGCAUCGACAAGGAAUGUCCAAACCUGCUAUUCAGACAUACAAAACUACCAUCAGGAACAAACUCUUCACUUUUACCUUACCAAGCAUGACAUGUGAAAGUGUUCUCAAAGAUACCAAGCGAUACCUGACACAGUAUGAGCAGAUCGAAAUAAAGGACUACCGAAAAGUCUGGUACAUAGGAAAAAAGGAUAGUAAAAUUCACAGCCGGACACAGACUGUAUCAGAGGAGGCCAAGUCCUUUGACGAUGACCAAGGAUUCUAUAAAGCCAGGGUUGGAGACCACUUGGCUUAUCGCUUUGAGAUACUGAGGGUGAUUGGAUCAGGAUUUGCAGGAAAAGUCCUCAAGUGUAAAGACCACAAGACAACAAUGCUCGUGGCAAUCAAGGUGUUUCGAAACACAGUCGAGGGUCACGAGUUUGCGGAGGCUGAACUCAAAAUUUUAAGGUCCCUGCAAAAGUUGGACAAGAGUAACAAAGCCAAUAUGGUCCACAUGAAGGAGUAUUUUUACUUCCGCAACCACCUCUGCAUCACCUUUAACCUAUUUGAAAAGGAUCUCUUUAAAGCCUUAAUACAGAGCAAAAUGCGAAGACUCCAUGACGGAGAUAUACGAAAGUAUGCAAUAGAUGUGCUUAAGUGUCUUCAGGUGCUCAAAGGCAUGAAGAUCGUCCAUGGUGACCUGAAACCGGAAAACAUUCUGCUAGACAAGGAAAACAAUGCUGCAGUGAGUGAUUUCGGUGGCUGCAUUUUUAUGAAAGACAAUGGCAAGCCGACGGUUUACACUCUACCAUACAUGUCUCCAGAGCUGCUCCUUGGCAAAACGUCAACACCCGCCACUGACAUGUGGAGCCUGGGCUGCAUGUUGGCUGAGCUUGACAGAGGCUACGCCCUCUUUGGUGGCCAUACCAAAGCAGACAUGUUCUAUUCUAUAACAAAAGCAGAGAAAGAUGGUCACCAUAAUAGAUUGUGUCAAAACAAGAAACUUCACAAAGGACAGGACCUUCUGCUCAAAUUUGAGCACCAUGAAGACAAGUGA